UGCCUGAAAGGUGACAGCAUGGAACAUAAUUUUCAUGGCUGUACAUAGCAGAGGGCACUUGUCCCCCAGAAAUGUUGAAGGCUGGAUAUUAAAGUGUUUCCAAAUCUGCAUGUAAGCAGUAGACUGUGCAUCAGAUUUAACGUAGCUAAACUACAACCAACCUGUGAAAAAUUACGAUGAUAAUGACGUCAUUGAAAAAAUUGAAACAGAUUCAAAUUCCCAUACGAAAAGUCUAGGCAUGCGUAAAAAGCUUCUGUACCAAAGAUGUUCCCUACCCGAUGAGGCUUUAGACUAACAACAAUUUCAACAUUUAUCUCCAUGAACGAUGAUCUUUUAGGAACACUUUAAUGUAAAGGAGCUUAUGGUAAUGGCGGAACAAUACUUUGUGCAAAUUUGGUUAUUCUACUCCCCAUAACUUCCAACCGUUUCAAUUAGCCCCGAAAUCAAGACUUUGGCUCGACCACCCGAUUUAGAGAUCUUGCUUGAUUGGAAAAAAAUCUAUCUAAUUAUGUUAUAUAAGCUAAAAUAUAUAAAAACAGUCAACAACACCAGUAAAUCGACCGAAACCUUCAAAUAGCUCUUAAAGCAGCUUUUCUUUCAAACGACCAAAAAUCCUUACUCCUCUCUAUGCAGUUUUACAUUUAAGAUUUGAUAAAUUCCGUGCCAGGUUUCCAUUUACCAGCAAUUUAUCAUUUAUAUAUACUCACGCAGCAAUUCUAGCAUAACCAUGGAGCGCUUAUUCGGUAAGGGAACUUAUCAAAACCUGGUAUGCUAUACAGAGUUCAGCAAAGUUCAACAUUGCUCCUCUUGCAACAUUUAUGAACAGACGAAAAAGUUAUUAGAAUAAUUUUCUCUUUAUUUCUCUUUCAUUCUAUAAGCCUCGCUGAAACAGUGGCUUCCUUAAUGAUAGUUGCCAGAGAGAAAAUCACAAAUGCUUUCUACGUAGGGCGAUUUGAUGGGUUCUUUAAAUGCCCAAAGAGAUUAUAGCUUCUUAAAAACGAACGAUUCAUCGAAGAGGAUUGAAAAUUUUCAGUGAAAAUAUCCUUUUGGCAAUUACAGGAUAGUUGUUUGACGUCAAAUAAACCACAUUCUUGAAGCAAUGAAAAUCACAGUUGCAAUGAGAGAGCAAUUCCAAAGAGUCACGCAGAACAAAGCAAAAUGAGCGAGAAGAACAAAAUCCAACCAAGCUCUUACAUUGGGCUUGAUGUGCUUACGGGUCGGCAGAGAGAGCACAAGAAGAGCAGCCCUUCCACUCCUGAAUCAGACGUCCAGUUUAUUUGCCCCCUUCAUGGAAAAGUCAAAACAGGAAGAGCAAGCAAAAGACAAAGGCAGCCAGGAGAGAAAGGCUUCAUUUACAACAUGAAAACGAUGUUCGGCAAAAGUGACCUUGAACACAAAUUGGCGGCACAUGGACUGAAAGCAAAACUAUCGAAAUCGGCGCUAAGGAAUGUGCAGACAAUAAGCAAAGAAUCCGAUUUGCUUUCUUGGGAGGAGCUAUCUAUAUUGGGCACAGAAAAAUUGAAGGAGUUGGAAAAGUCGCUCGAAGAGGAAAUUUCGUUUUUAAACGUGGAAAUGAUGAAUUUGCAAGAAGAGCGGCAAUUAAUGGCUACAGAAAACUCAACAUUGAAAAAGGAAGCGAAAGAUCUUGAAGAGACGGUAAAAAGGAUGUUAAGACCAUGGAUCAACCGCUAUCCAAAUUCUGACGAUUUCACAAGGGCCUACUUACUUAAUUAAAUCGAAUAUAUUAGUCAGUAUUUUAGAGCUUCAUUAGUUCAAGAAAAAAAGAUGCGUAAAAAAAAUCAAGAUGAAAAUUAAAUAUGAAUUUAAUGCAUAGCACAGCAAUUCUAGAUCUGAAAGUUAUUGAUUUUAAAAACCUAUCGAAUUGAAGUAAGCAAACAUGCAGCUUCAGGUCCAUAGUUGUAGAUUUUUAAAUGCCAUGGCUGCAAGUUGAAUUCUGUUUUUAAGGAAACAGAAAUAAAUAAAAUUUCUAAUCAAGAUAAAUCUGACAGUGAGCUUAUGACUAAUUUAACCAAAAUCCUGCUUUCUAUAUUUCCUAACCGUGCUAGUCCAUCUCAACUGAAAGUGAAAAAGAAGAAGUUGUUGUUCUUGCAGAUCUCGGUAGGCCGAGAUCCCUCUCUCUGUUUCGUGGGUAUCGCCUGAUCCGGCCUCGGAAUCAUCAAAACAAACUACUGAUAAACAAUACUGAUCAUAUUGUUUGGUUACAUCCCGUCUUUUUGGGUUUAUAACUUCAAAUUAAUGAAUGCCAUAAGAAAGCUCGCUUUAAGAAAAACACUUGCC